UGCUGCCUCUCAACCGAAUGGGAUUCCACGUAGGCACUGAGAUAGCAACUAAACUUUAGGGGAAGUUUAAUUUUUUUUUUCUUCUGUAUUCUUCAAAGCGAUUAAAAUAUAUUUGUCAUCAUCAUUAUUAUUAUUUUGCCUGCUGUCAAGUUAUUCUAAAAUUAGGAGUAAUGAGCGUGGAUGCUUUGGGAAGCCCUGUGAUGGACCCCGCGUUUUCCAAACGGAACACGACGCUGAGAUUAGUUGACUUGGCAGGGGCUCACCACCAUCACCAUCAUCACCACCAUACCCCUCAGAGCGUGACAGGCUUCCCGGGGUUCAGCAGCCAUCCACACUCAAUGGCUCACUCGCACCCUGGGGAGAUGACUGCGGAACCCCGCCUGGGGCCGAGUCCAUUCGGGCCAGAACACAUGGGGCACUCCGCGGCCCUCAAAAUCAGCCCAACCCAUCAUUAUCCCCACCACCAUCACCACCACAAUCAUCAUAUUGCAGGCCACAGUGAAGUGGUCUCCAGUCAAACGGGAGCUUUUGGCCCGGUGCAGGCGGCAACGGUCCCGUACUCUAUGUCUCACACGGCCCAGGCGCUAUCCGCAGGUAGGGACUUCCUCAUUCGCCGAGAUUUGACAGCUCAAGCCAUGCCCGUGCUGACCGAUCAGACUUCUGGUUCAGCCUCUCACCACGGAAUGUUUGUCUCAACAACAGGUAGCUAUCCGGGACACUAUGGUCAUCACCCCGACCCUGGGAACCAUACGCUCUUCCCUGGACUUCAUCACGAGCAGCCAUCUACCGGAGCACCAGGUGGCCAAGCCUUGAACGGACAAAUAAGGUUAGGAAUACCUGCCGAAAUGUACGUUCGGUCUGAUCAUUUGAGUCAAGUAGCGAGCUCCAGGGCAGACCCGUUUGCUGCUUCUUCUCUGCACGGAUACGGCGGGCUCAAUCUGAACAUGAAUCUCAGCGCACAUCACCACCACGGAGCUGGCGCUUUUUUCCGUUACAUGAGGCAGCCGAUCAAACAAGAGCUCAUCUGCAAGUGGCUGGAGCCAGAACACUCGGCGAAAAAACGUUGCUCCAAAACUUACAGCACCAUGCACGAACUAGUGACACAUGUGACUGUGGAGCACGUUGGAGGACCGGAGCAAGGGAGCCAUAUCUGUUUUUGGGAAGAAUGUCCACGAGAGGGAAAGCCAUUUAAAGCAAAGUACAAACUUGUGAAUCACAUCAGAGUGCACACCGGAGAGAAACCGUUUCCUUGUCCGUUCCCCGGCUGUGGAAAAGUAUUUGCCAGAUCGGAAAACUUGAAAAUACACAAGAGAACACACACAGGUGAAAAGCCUUUCAAAUGCGAGUUUGACGGCUGUGACAGACGGUUCGCCAACAGCAGUGACCGGAAAAAGCAUUCCCACGUGCACACUAGCGAUAAGCCGUACAACUGCAAAGUCAGAGGUUGUGACAAAUCGUACACUCAUCCCAGCUCUUUGAGAAAACACAUGAAGGUGCACUGCAAGUCCCCACCUCCGAGUUCGGGUUACGAAUCAUCGACUCCAUCUCUUGUUUCUCCUUCAUUGGACUUGGGAAGGGAGCCAGCUCCCUCUGCGCUCUCCGAGCCUCUCUCAUCAUCGUCCCAGCCGGCCAAUUUAAGCGAAUGGUACGUGUGUCAAAGCUCCGGUGCCAGUGGCCCUCAGACCCCACCCAGCGGUUCAUCCACACCGGGCCAUACAGAGGGGCCAACGUACGGCAAUCCUGAACGGAGGGACGCCUUCUAACAAAAAGUUAGCCCUGUAAUAUUGUUUUGGCAAAGUGACUAAAAUGACUUUGACAUCUUAUCUUAUUUGGACAGUCCGUUUUGGACUGAAUGGCCACAGGCUGACGACGCCUGUGUAAGUCAGUUCAAAGAGCAGGCUUGUUCACUAUUACUGCCUUACUGAAGGAUGCACUGGCCCUUUGACAGCUAAUGUCACUGCCUAACCACCAAUCCAUAUAAAACACGUCCCGAGUGUCCAUGUUUCUAAAUAGUGUACCGACCGUACGCAUGUCACUGUAUUAUUUUGUAAAUUCCGCUUUGAUUUCAAUAUCUUUUUUAAUUUAU